UGAAAGAAAUGCAGUGCGGAAGGGAAGGAAUCCCUCUUUCUUUGCAGCAAUGUUAGAGAGGGGGGUUGCACGGAGGGAGCCUGAAACAACAAGGCAUACAAUUGGGAGCGGAGGGGGAUGUUGGAAGAAAGCGAGGACAUGCCUCCCUUUAAGCGCCCACUCCCCAGCAGACUCGUAAAAUCUGAGAAUGCAGUUCUGCCCUGGGUCCCACUCCCAUCUGCCUCCUCCCCUGAGCUGGCUGUGUUUGGGGCCAGAUCUAAGUAUUCCUCGGGAACAUCUGGAUUUCUGGUGAUGAAUUUCAUGAUCUUAAGCGUUUGAGAUGUAGACGCCUAAUAGAAUAGAACUAAGUAGACAAUAGUGAGCUCAAUAGAAGAGAUGGAUUGAUUCCUUUCUCAACCAGUGUGCCUCCAAGAUGUUGCUGGACUACAAUUCCCAUCUUGCCUGACCAUUAGCAAUGCUGUCUGAAGCUGAUGGGAGUUGUGGUCCAACAACAUCUGGAGGCACACUGGUUGAGAAAGGAUGCCAUAAAGCAGCCUUGUCCAACCUUUGGGUUCCCAGAUGUUGCUAGACUGCAACUCCCAUCAGCCCCAGCCAGCAUGGCCAAUGGUCAGGAAUUAAUGGGAACUGUAGUCCAGCAACAUCUGUGGCCCAAAGGUUGGACAAGGCUGCCAUAAAGGAAGCCAUGGACCUGAACUUACAAGAUCUGAACAGGGUGGUUCAUAACAGAUGCUCUUGGAGGUCACUGAUUCACUGGGCCAUCAUAAGUCAUAAUCGACUUGAAGGCACAUAACAACAAAGUGAGCUCAAUGGACUGAUUCAUUAUAAGGCAGCUUCUUCGUGUUUCUUCAUUUGUUCUUUGCUUCAGCUUUGAUAGUUUAAUGUUGAGGUUAUUGUUUCAAUACCAUUCUGCCAGCCCUCCCCAGUUUCCUUUUCUCUUAGAAUUAAAGUCACCGUUUAAUGUAGAAAAACAAAAACAUGGCCCUGCCCUCAUUUUUUUAGGGUAGCCUGGCAGACAAACUGUUUACCAAGUGACGUUUUUCCUGAAAUGGAUGCAAACUGGUGGAAGCUACUUCCCACUCCCUCUUCCUACAUGCCAUGUGCACUGGUGGCCUUUGAGGAGGUGUCCUUGCCUUUCACUAAGGAGGAAUGGGCUCAGCUGAAUCCAGGCCAGAGAACUCUGUGCAAGGAGGUCAUGCGGGAGAUUAAUGAGAUAGCAACCUCUCUGGACAAAGAUUCUUUUGCCCUUAAUCAAUAGCUAUGGAAGGAGAUGGGGGUCAAGACUGAGGGAGAACCAUCAGAAGUAUCACUGGAAAAAGCUGAGGAGCAGAUGCAGGAACAGAAAUGAGGAGUCAAGAUGGAGCAAAGAGACAAGAGGGGAGACAAACACAGACGCCAGGAAAUGAAUCCAGAAACCUCUCCGGGUGCUGCAUAUAAAAUUCAACAGGAAACUGAAUGAAGUAUGAAUGCUUGGAAUGUGAAAAGAGAUUUCAGUACAGCUCAGAUCUUACUUCACAUCUAAGAGUGCAUACAGGGAACAAACCUCAUAAAUGCUUAGAGUGUGGAAAGAGCUUCAGUCAGAGUAGCCACCUUACUUUGCAUCACAGAACUCACACAGGGGACAAACCUUAUAAAUGCUUGGAGUGUGGAAAGAGCUUCAGUCAGAGUAGCCACCUUACUUUGCAUCACAGAACUCACACAGGGGACAAACCUUAUAAAUGCUUGGAGUGUGGAAAGAGCUUCAGUCAGAAUAGCCACCUUACUUUGCAUCACAAAACUCACAGAGGGGACAAACCUUAUAAAUGCUUGGAGUGUGGAAAGAGCUUCACACGGAGUAGCCACCUUACUUUGCAUCACAGAACUCACAGAGGGGACAAACCUUAUAAAUGCUUUGAAUGCGGGAAGACUUUUAGUCAGAGUAGCGCCCUUAGUAAACAUGAAAGAACUCAUACCAAGGACAAACCUUAAAAAUGCUUAAGGGACAUCAAAUAAUCCAUACAAGGGAAGAGCCAUAUAAAUGAUCUGAAUUGAGAACUGUUUACUGCUUCUUUGCUAAACUCCAGGUUUUCCUACUUGAGUUUUGCUUGUUCUGGGGCCUUUGCAGCCCAGUUUGGUUUGUUGCCUUCUCUUCCAGGCAUCUCUUCUUGCUUUGAAGCUCUCCCUUCCUCAGGUUUGAGGCUCUUUGUGGCCAUUGUCCUCUAAGCCGGUCCUUCGGGGCUGGAGCUUUUGCUCAUAUUUGAACAGGUUUGUUUUUCUAGGUUUUAUUUACAUACAUUUCUUGUUUUAAUAUUUUUGCUUAUUCUCAGGUGAGGUUUAAAUUUCAAUAUUUUAUUUUUCCAACCUUUUCCCUUCAUCUCUGUUCUUCUGGAUCUUAGGACCCUACAUUCAACUGGUUCCUUUGAAUCCCUGCUGGCAUAGGAAGUUAUAUUCUUUCUUGUCUUUUUUUCUUAAUAAUUAGGCUAAAUGCCUGUGUAGCUGUAACACAGCAGAGUUUUAACUAGUUUGGACUGGUGGAAGGGGUAUAUGAAAGUAGAGUUACAUAAUAGUUAAAAUUGUUACUAGUUUUGGAUGCCAUCAUUAUUGUU